AUGGUAACAGCUACUGCGCUCAUUGUCGAACAUACAGCUCGUCCUUUCGUCGUUGACACCGUGGAACUUGAGCCCUUGCGCGCACUGGAAGUUCUCGUAGAGCUCAAAGCUACUGGUGUCUGCCACACUGACGUCGCUGUGCAGCAUGGAAAACUCCCCGGCGCGUUCCCGGUAGUGCUGGGUCACGAAGGCGCAGGUAUCGUCCGUGCAGCGGGACCCGGCGUUCGAGAUGUUGCAGUGGGAGACCAUGUUCUUCUGUCGUACUCGUAUUGCAGAGAGUGCCGCAGUUGCCUGAAAGAGCGCCCGUAUCAAUGUACUCAGAUGUUCGAGCGGAACUUUGUCACGGAAGAUCCUUGUCGAUCACAAUCAAUGAUGUGGCACGAUACUCCCACCUAUGCAUCUUUCUUCGGGCAGUCCUCUUUCUCCAAUCCGGCCAUUGUCCACGAGGCGUGCUGUGUGCGAAUCGACAAGAAGUACCCUCUGGAAAUCUUGGCGCCACUUGGGUGCGGUGUCCAGACGGGCGCCGGCUCGAUUUUCAAUGUGGUGAAACCGAUUGAGAACGAAAUCCGCUCACUGGUUGUUUUUGGCGUCGGAGGAGUAGGAAGUGCUGCGAUCAUGGCAGCUCAUGCCUUGCAUAUCGACCACCCGGAGCUUCUCACCACGAUCAUUGCAGUCGACAGAAAACCGGAUAGACUGGUACUGGCCAAGGAACUAGGUGCAACCAACGUCAUAAACCCUUUAAAGGUCGACAACAUGGUAGCAGAAAUACGCCGUAUCACAGGCGGAGGAGGCACUGAUGCUGCAGUCGAUUGUACUGGGGCUGUACCUGUCAUCAAUGACAUGGUCGGCGCUCUGGGAGCAGGCGGUGUUGCAGUGUCGGUAGGAGCCCCGUCAGCAGCAGCCGAGAUGUCCAUUGAAGUGUUUCCGUUCAUCAAUGGCUGCAAAAAGUAUCAAGCUUCGAACCAAGGCAAUAGUUUAUCGAGGAAGUUCCUGCCUUUCUUAGCCGAUCUUUAUAUGCAAAAUCGACUUCCCAUCGACCGACUGCAAAAGCAAUACAGACCGUCUGAAAUCAACAAGGCCGUCCAGGACAUGCUGGAGGGCACCACUAUAAAGCCUGUCAUCAUUUGGGAAAGCUGCUGA